AUGUACUCCCUCCGCUCCCACCAAGCAGGCGACAUGGGCCUCAUCAUCCAGCGCCACGCCGUCCUCUACGCCGCCGAACACGCCUUCACGGCCGCGUUUGAAGCGCUCGUCGCGCGCAUCGCCGCCGACUUCCUCGACAAGUUCGACGCCGCACGCGAGAAAUGCUGGAUCGCCGAGGCGGCCGACGGCCGCUUCCUGGGCUGCGUGAUGCUGGUGCGUUCGCAAGACGCCGGCGACCUCACGACCGCGAGACUGCGGCUGCUCCUCGUCGAACCGGAGGCGAGAGGCAUGGGCCUCGGCGGCCGCUUGAUCGGCGAGUGUUCGCGGUUUGCACGGGCGGCGGGGUAUACACGGAUCACUCUGUGGACGCAGCGCGACCUGCAGGCGGCGCGGCGGUUGUAUGGCCGGGAGGGAUACGAGAUGGUCCAGGAGGAGGAGCAUGAGAAGGUUGGGCGGAGGGUGGUUGGAGAGGAGUGGCUGUUGGUUUUGUAG